GAUGAGAGCAAACUGUUCGAGCAGCUCAGCCUGCCCUGUUAACAGUUCGGAGGAGGAGCUGCCAGUGGGGCCGGAGGUACAAGGGAACCUGGAGGUUGUUUUCACAGUGGUGUCAUCCGUGAUGAUGGGCCUGCUCAUGUUCUCCUUGGGAUGCUCUGUGGACUUCCGGAAGCUCUGGGCGCACAUCAAGAGACCCUGGGGCAUUGCUGUGGGACUGCUCUGCCAGUUUGGCCUCAUGCCUCUUACAGCCUACCUCCUGGCCAUCAGCUUCUCUCUGAAGCCAGCCCAAGCUAUUGCUGUUCUUGUCAUGGGGUGCUGCCCAGGGGGAACCAUCUCGAACAUUUUCACCUUCUGGGUCGAUGGAGAUAUGGAUCUCAGCAUCACCAUGACAACCUGUUCCACAGUGGCUGCCCUGGGGAUGAUGCCGCUCUGCCUCUAUCUCUACACCUUCUCCUGGAAUCUUGAGCAGAAUCUCACCAUUCCAUAUCAGAACAUAGGAAUCACCCUUGUGUGCCUGACCAUCCCCGUGGCCUUUGGUAUCUAUGUGAAUUACAGGUGGCCUAAGCAAUCCAAAAUCAUUCUCAAGAUUGGGGCCAUUGUUGGUGGGGUCCUCCUUUUGGUGGUCGCAGUUGCUGGUGUGGUGUUGGCAAAAGGAUCUUGGAAUUCAGACAUCACUCUUCUGACCAUCAGUUUCAUCUUUCCUUUGAUUGGCCAUGUCGCGGGCUUUCUGCUGGCACUUCUUACCCACCAAUCUUGGCAGAGGUGCAGGACGAUUUCCUUAGAAACUGGAGCUCAGAAUAUUCAGAUGUGUGUCACCAUGCUCCAGUUAUCUUUCACUGCCAAGCAAUUGGUCCAGAUGCUUAGCUUCCCAUUGGCCUAUGGACUCUUCCAGCUGUUGGAUGGGUUUCUCAUUGUUGCAGCAUACAAGAUGUACAAGAAGAGACUGAAGAAUGAACACAGAAAAAGGGACACAGGUUGUGCAGAAGGCUGCCAUAAAAAGAAAUCCAGUUCUCCUAAAGAGACUGGUGCUUUCUUGGAGCUGAAUGAAGAAGUUGCCAUAACUCCUGGACCAUCAGUUGCAGUGGAUCUCCACACAGCUCUUGAACCAAGCAGCCACAUCACUUCAUGUACCUAGUAAGGUUUGCUGGCCUGGCUGGUCUUCAUCUUCCUCAGUGGCCAGUAAAGACAGUGCAGAGUUGACGUGUGUAUCUCAUUGGCAGGGCCUGUGGGAAUAUUUGAAUAUUUAUAUUUUCAUGUGGUUUGUGAAUUGUUAUAGGAUCCAUUUUUGGGAAUCUAUUUGGCCUAUUCCUGGGAGCUUUUUUUGGGGGUGGGGGGUUGCACAAUAUAUUUAUUGGCUGCUGUGUGUGUUCUUAUCUUCCUUUGCAGUGAAGAGUAACACUUGUUGUCAUGUGAAAUCUUCCUGGAUUAGAUAUAGCCUCCCACUGCAUACAACUUUUAUAAAAAAAUGUGGCCAUUUUUUAAGGGCUUGGAAAUCUUUUUUUGGAUUAUAGAUAUAAUACAAGUGUAGAGGGAAUUAAUGACCACUUGAGGUUAAAAUGUGAAUGCCCCGUAUUUUCACUUCCUCAUGAUAGGCUCAUGUAUAGCCUUCUAAUUUUUGUUUAUAUCAUUUUAAGAAACGUUGAGAUCUUUCCAUAUAUACUGUCUCGUAAGUCACUUAAUGACAUAUUAUGGAGAAUCUUGACAUGGCAGUCUUUGUUGACUACCUCAUUAUUUAGAACAAUGGCUUCAUAAAAGUAUUCCAUUGCAUCGAAGGACUAUAAUUUAUUUAACCAUUCCUUAUUGGUGGGCAUUUAGAUAGCUUUGAAGUUAUUGGUAUUACAAUGCUGCUACAAAUACCUGUACUGUUGUGCAAUGGAGGAUCACUUCCUGUGACUUGAAUUGCCAGGCCAACCUCAUAUUAAAACGUUGGACAGGCUGCUGUCCAGUGAUGUAUAGCAGUGCCUGAGUGGGGUUGGCUUCCCAUAGUUGCACCAGUCUAAAGAAUGAUCAAUUCUGAUUUGUAAAAAUAUCUCAUUUAAAAUUGCACUUAGAAAAUUAUGAGUGAAGAGUAUUUUUCAUGAUUACUUGCCUAUUCAUGUCCUUUGCCUUUCUAUUGUACUUUUUCCUUUUUUAUUGAUACAUUGUAACCUAUUAUGGAUAUGACCCUCUGUCUUGUUUUGUGAAGAUUUUACCUACUUUUAAUCUUUUAUCCUUUUUCUCUUUUGCCAUAUAGAAGUUUUAUAUUUUUUACAUAUUCAGCUUUAUUAGUCUUUUAAAAAAUGCUUUUUGACCUUCAUAUCUGUCAAAUACUAGAAUAUUUAUAUUUCUGUGUGUAUUAUGAAUUGUGAUAGCAUUUCUUUUUGAGAAUAUAUCUGGUCCCUUUGCGGGAAGUUGUUUGGGGGUUUGCAUGAUGUAUUUACUAUCUUGCUGUGUGUACUGUCUGGCAGUAGGUAAAACCCAUCCCCCUCUAUUCUUACAUUAUUAAAAAUAUUUCCCAUAUA